GUUUGUUUACAAAGAUGACAUGACUGACAGGUGACAAUCCCUUUCGACGAAUGAUUGACACCAAAAUAAUUUUAAAUAAUGUACUUUUUAUCAAAUUUCUGCCGAAUAUGCAUUCGAACUGGCAUAAAAUUACUAGAUCUGGAUACCCUUGAUCUCGACGAUGUGAAAUUAAGUGAAAAACUUCAAGCUUGCACCUCUAUGGUCCUCAAUGAAGAUAAACUUCCUAAGGAAAUAUGUAUGCAAUGCCUCGCAAAGCUUCGGGUAUCCUAUCAGUUCCAUCUCAUGUGCAACAAAUCCACAAAAAUCCUUCAAGGAUACUUGACCUCCCUCUUAUCAGGUCAAGAAGAAAAACUCAACAAUUUUGCCAGUACAGACUUGAGUGUGGUAGUUACACCUUUAGAAUGCCAUGAAGAUUGUCCAAAAAAUACUGAGAGCGAAAAUACAAACACAAGUAGUGCUAGUGUUAACACUAGAGAUGCAAGAGAAAGUUUUUAUCACAGAGAAAGGCGUAAAAGGAUAACUAAAGAACAAAGAUGUUCCUUGUUGAAAAGGCUGCUUAUACCAUCAGAAACAUCAAGUUCUUGUACAGAGAACUUGUUACUCAAUCACUUUCAUGGUACAGCUGAUUCAAGUGAGGCAUUCAAAGGUCUAAAGAAUAUAAUCAAUUUUACCAAGAACUAUGAAUUUGGUGGCAGUGUAGAUAAAAAUUCCAACUAUGACAUCACUCCCUUGGAUAAGCUCAAAGCUUUUUCACUAGAUUAUUUUAGGAGAGACUUUUCGGAAUUUAAAAAUACAAUAUUGUACAUUAUAGAAAAUAAGGAUAGUGAUAGUGGGAAUAGUGAUUUUGAAGAUGACUGUUUUGAUCCAGUACCUGGGAUUAUUAAGGAGGAACCAUUUGAGGAAGUCAUUGUUGAACCUGAUGUGAAAAUCAAAACUGAGUUGGAUUAUGAGGAAGGUGAAUAUCAAAAUGAAAAUACUAGUGAGUACUUCCUAAAUUAUAAUGAACAAGUACAGGUGAAAGAAGAAAUAAAGGAAGAAUCAGAAGAUUGUCAUGAGCCAAGUAUAGAUACCUUCUCAAAAGACUGGAAUUCUGAUGUUCCAUUGCCCCCCACAGAAAACAGUGAUAACAGUUUUGCUGGUAGUUCAAUGGACUACCUGAAUCAUUUUGUUGGAAGUUUUGCAAGUAGAAGGACUUUUUCAUCAAGCAAUGUUAGGUGUAGAACUAGGAAUAAUCCUUAUAUCAAUCCUAUGUUAAAAGCUCAGUUUCUAAAUAGAAGUUUUAGAUGUACAAAGUGCAGUAGGUAUUUCAAAAGUCCUGGAUAUUUGAAAGCACACUAUUCCAAAGUCCAUUAAGUUAGAUACCUAUUAUUUAUUUUACAAAUUGUCUGAACUCCAGAAUUCCUUUGUUAUAAAAAGGGACCAUUUUUUAUUAGAGGUUUCUUAAAAUGUCAUGACAAACUCCCAUAGGAGAUUAUCAAAAUCAAGUUAACAUGACAUUGCAAAUACUAGAUUUUUAUAUUUUGAUGAAUUAUUAUUGUUUUAGUUCUUCUUGAGAAGAGAUUGUAGUAGAAAUUUACUUUUGGUAAAUUUUGACAAUAAGUAUUAGUUGACUGAGAUCAAAAAUGAUACCUACUGUCUAUUAUCUUUGUAUGACAGUAAUUUUUGAGUUUUCUCAGGGAUUUUAAUAUUAUCCAGGAUAUAAACUUUGUUAUUUUAUAUCAUUUUUACUUUAUAUAUUCUGAUCUGACUAUAAAAUGUAUAUAUAUUGUAUGAAUAUAACUAUGGUUUACAUUAUGUGCAAAUUCUGGAAUUUAAAGCCUUCUGUUCAUUUUGUAAACUUACAACAAACUAUUAGUUAAUAUAUUGUUGAUAGAGAAAAACCAUGUUUAUACGAUAUUAGGUAACUGAACAUAUGAAUAUUCCUCAUAAAAACUGAAUAAGCUAUUCGUAUUUGAACAUUUGAAAAAAAUUAAAGCGCUCUGUUAUAUCGGUUGCAUAAGCCGUGCGAGUCUGGUUGCAUAAGUCAAACUGCAUCUUGUUUCUUGUCAAAUAUGUUACGCGAUGUUGCCACGUCAAAAUAAAAUAACAUUCAAUAGUAAACAAA